CUGGCUGCAUCUAACUAUUUUGUUGUAUUUAGCAUAAGCAAUCAAAUUCAGUGCCUCUUAGAAGACUCUUCUGUAAGGUCAAAACUAAGAAAAAGAGAAUUCUGAAUUCCAUAAUGCAAAAUGCUACAAGAAUUUGCAAAUGGGAAAUCAUGACAUAAGCAUCACAUGGGGUUCUGAUGGGGCAGCAAUAUUUAAAUCUUCCAGCUACUCCAUAUGGCCAUUGACAAUGAUGGUUAAUGAAUUACCUUACCCGCUGAGAAGAAAGCAUGUUCUUAUGGGUGGUUUGUGGUUUGGGAAUGGAAAACCACACUUUCCUACAUUCUUAAAACCCGUCAUAGAGGAAUUAAAUGUUCUGAGCUCUGUUGGUUUGAACUUAGAAGAUGAAGAUGGAAAUAUUAUAACACGAAAAGUUUUCCCAGGUGCAUUAACAUGCGAAAGCGUAGCAAGAUGUCAGCUACAAGAACUAACGCAAUAUAAUGGUAGACAUGGCUGUUCAUGGUGCUACCAUUCAGGUGAACAGGUAGCCAAAGGGAAUGGGCAUACAAAUGUCUACCCAUCACUACAAGAUGAACUACCACAGAAAAGAGAUCAUCAGUCAUAUAUAUGUGAUGCUCAGAGAGCUCUUGAUACAAAUUCUUCUGUUAAUGGUGUGAAAAAUGGUGUGAGCACUUAGUAAUAGAAAAUAUUGGAAAGCCCAUGAAUGGAGAGCUUGGCUUUUGCAUUAUUCACCAGUUGCUUUAAAAGGACAGCUACUGUACCGUCAAAUUAUUAUAACCAUUGGAUGAAACUUGUAACUGCUAUGUUUAUAUUACUUGAUGAGAAUGCUGGUGAAAAUAUGAUUAAUUUAGCAGAGUUACUCCUUAUGAAAUUUGUGCUUGAUUGCGAGAAACUAUAUGGCAAGGAGUACAUAACAUAUAAUAUGCACUUACUGACACAUCUUGUAGAUUCUGUCAGGGAUUGGGGACUACUUUGGUCAAUCUCAUGUUUUUCAUUUGAAAGCAUGAAUCAUAAACUAGGCAAAAUGGUGACUGAGACACAGUAUGUUCAAAAACAAAUUGCUUAUAAGUUUCUGUUAUGUAGAACUUUGCCUCAUGUUUCUUUCAAUUGUUUUGAUGGAAUGUUUGAAAUAAAAAUGCACAAAAUGAGAAACUGCAUCGAUUGUUAUGUUUGCUUAAAAGAUAAAACAAUAGCUUUAGUAAAAAAAAUAUUUUUAUUGUGCUUGUCUUGCAAUCAAAUAAAUUUGUGUGGCUGUGAAAAGAAGUGCUUUUUGUAUACAUCAAUUUUAAGCACUGAAAAAAUUACUCCUUCCAUAGAAGUGCUAAGUAAAAAAGUAAAUCAUGAAGGACUUUUAAGGGUUAAGGGUCAUCUCCGUUACAGAUAGUGUUCUGUAAAUGAAUUUUAUAAGAAAUGUACAGUUAUUGUGUCUGCUCCUGAGACAAUUGUGUCUGUUUUGCCAAAUAAUUAUGAAUUUGAUCAAUGUCUUAAUGUUUGGUUUUAACCAUUGUUGACAAUAUUAUGUCAUUGAUUUGAUUUUUCUUUAAUAAACUAGUAAUAUUUAUUAUGAUA